AUCCUUAUGUGCAUGUAGACAUGCUAUCAUAGUAAGUUUGACUACCAGUACAUUGGUAAAAUAAAAUAUGAGGCUUUCUUGGGUACACCCUCUUAAUCUCUCUUAAAAAGCUAGUUUUGUCUACUAAUGCCUCAGUUUGAAUAUGAAGCAAUCGCUAGGUGACAUGUUGCUGACUGGCAGAUGAAUGCGUGUAGGGCUCCACCUUCGUCCGUGUUUAUUUGUCGUCUUCGCAUUUUGGGUCAAAUUUUGACUUUAUAUUUAGUUAAAAAAUUAUAAGUUAUAUACCAAGAAACUAGCACCAUUAAAAACCUCUUUUGAAUACAAAUCUAAUAAUAUACUUUUGUGACAUACAACUUAUGUUUUGCAAGUUAAAUCUAUGGUCAAAAUCUGAGACAAAAUAUGAGGAGGAAUUAAACCUGGACGGCGGAAGUAAUUUUGUAUAAGACUCCCAAGUGUUGAUACUUACCCCCUCUGUCCGAAAGUAAGUGACUCAACUUUCUACUAGAUUUGUACUAAAAUUAGUACAAAGUUGAGUCACUUAUUUUGGGACGGAGGGAGUACAACAUAGAGACAAUAGUUGCUAUAAACAGGAUGUAGGUUCAUUGUGAUAGAAAAUGAGUUCAAUUGGUACGUGAGCAAGACGAGUGCGGGUAAAACUCAUGUUUUUGCAUCACACAAUGCAACACACUCACAACUUAUAUUCAUGUGUGUUUCAUCCCUAACAAGUUUUCUUUAUGGGUAAAUUAUGUGUUUUUAGGUUUCUUACACUAAUUUCAUGCAAUUGUUCAUAUAUACAAGUCGCUGACCAUAUCAAAUCCUGAUGUGUGAGUAGAUAUAUUAUUAUAAUAACUUUCAACCACAACAUUGGUAAAAUAAAAUAUGAUGCUUCGUUCGAUUCACCCUCUUAAUUUCUCUUGAAAAUGAUAGUUCUGUCUAAUACUUCCUUUCUUAAACCACAAAGAAAUCUCUAGGCGCCACAUGCUGAUGACUGGCAGAUCGAUGCGUUUAGGAGUCAACCUUCAUUCGGGUUUGUUUGCCGUUUCCACAUUUUGGGUCAAAAGUUGAAUGCAGAUUUAAUUAAAAAAUAUAAAUGAGAUGCCACAACACUAGUACCACUAAAAUUCUCUUUCGAAUACAAAUAUAAUAAUAUUAUUUUUGUGACAUACAACUUAUGUUUUGCUACUUAAAUCUACUGUCAAAACUUGAGACAAUUUACGAAGAGGAAAUAAACCUAGAUGGAAGAAAUAAUAUCGUAUGGGACUCUCAAGUGUUGAUGCGCACAACAAGCAUGACCGGUUGCUAUCAACAUGGGAUAGGUUCAAUCUUACACGACAUGAGUUCAACUAGUAGGUGACAACGUAUGCGAGCAAAAUACAUGUUUUUCAUCACACAAUGCAACACACUCAUAACAUAUAUUCUUGUGUGUAUUUUCUCCUUGCUAAGUUUUCUUUAUGGGUAUCUUUUGUAUUUUAUGGUUCUUGCACUAAUUUGGUGUAAUUGUUCAUAUAUAAAACUUGUUGUCUACAUCAAAUCCUGAUGUGUGUGUAGACAUGCUAUCAUAAUAAAUUUGACAACCAUUAGAUUUGUAAGUAAAAUAUGAGGCUUGCUUCGGUACACCCUCUUAAUUUGUCUUGAAAAUGCUAGUUUUGUCUAAUACUUCCUCAGUUACACUACAAAGAAAUCCCUAGGCCCCAAGUGUUGAUCACUGGCAGAUCGAUGCUUUUAGUGUUCAUCAUCCGUUCGGGUUUAUUUGUCGUCUCCGCAUUUGGGGUCAAAUUUUGAAUUUAGAUUUCACUAGAAAAUAUAAGUUAUAUACCACAAAAGUAGUACCAUUAAAACCCCUUUUGAAUACAAAUCUAAUAAUAUAAUUUAUGUGACAUACAACUUAUGUUUUGCUAAAUCUGUAGUCAAAAUUUGAGAAAAAAUAUGAGGAGGAAAUAAACCAAGAUGGGGGAAAUAGUUCCGUAUGAGACUCUCAAGUGUUGAUACUCACAAGACAGACAUGACUGGUUGCUAUCAACAUGGGCCAGGCUCAUUGUGAUAGGACAUGAGCUCAGUUAGUAGGUGACAUGACGUGUCCGGGCAAAGCACAUGUUUUUCAUCACACAAUGCAACACACUCAUAACCUAUAUUCUUGUGUGUAUUUUUUUCCCUGACAUGUUUUCCUUAUGGAUGUCUUUUGUGGUUUUUAGGGUUCUUACACUAAUUUGGUAUAAUUGUUCAUAUAUACACAUCAUUGUCCAUAUCAAAUCCUGAUGUGCUUGUAGACAUAUUAUCAUAAUAACUUUGACUACCAUUACAUUUGUAAAAUAAAAACACGAGGCUUCCUUUGGUACACCCUCUUAAUUUCUCUUGAAAAUGCUAGUUUUUUCUAAUACUUUCUCAGUUAGACUACAAAGAAAUCCCUAGGCGCGACAUGCUGAUGACUGGCAGAUUAAUGCGUUUAGGGCUUAAUCUCCGUCCGGUUUUAUUUUCUGUCUUUGCAUUUUGGGUCAUAUUUUGACUUUAGAUUUAAUUACAAAAACAUGUGUUAUGCACCACAAAACUAGUACCAUUUAAACCUCUUUCGAAUACAAAUCUAAUAAUAUAAUUUUCGUGACAUAAAAUUUAUGUUUUGCUAGUUAAAUCUAUGGUCAAAAUAUGAGGAUAAAAUACGAGGAGGAAAUAAACCUGGAUGGAGGAAGUAAUUUCGUAUGAGACUCUCAGUCCUGACACGGACACCAAAGACACGUGUGAUUGUUAUCAAGAUGGGCUAGGUUCAUUGUGACAGGCCAUCUGUUAAAUUAGCAGCUGACAAUAUGUGUCAGGGCAAAGCACAUGUUUUUGCAUCACACAAUGCAACACACGCAUAAUCUAUAUCCAUGUGUGUAUUUUCUCCCUAAUAAUUUUUUAUUAUGGGAAUCUUUUGUGUUUUCUAGGGUUCUUACAAUAAUUAGGUGUAGUUGUUUAUUAUCAUAUAUACAAGUCGCUGUCCAUAUCAAAUCUUUGUGUGUGUACACAUGCUAUCAUAAUUACUUUGAUUACCAUGACGUUGGUAAAACAAAAUACAAGGCUUCCUUCGACACAGCCUCUUAAUUUCUUUUCAAAAUGUUAGUUUUGUCUAGUACUCCCUCGGUUAGACUACAAAACGAAUCCCAGUUUAGUUAGGCGCCACACUUUGAUGACCAGCAGAUCGAAGCGCGUAGGGCUCAACCUCCCUCUGGGUUUAUUAGUCGUCUUCGCAUAUUGGGUCAAAUUUUGACUUUAAUUUUAAUUAAAAAAUAUUAUAAGUUAUAUACCACAAAACUAGUACCAUUAUAAUCCUGUUUUGAAUACAAAUAUAAUUAUAUUUUUUAUAUCAUGCAACUUAUGUUUUCUAGUUAAAUCUAUGGUUAAAAUUUGAGAAAAAUAUGAGAAGAAAAUAAACCUGAUUGGAAAAAGUAAUUUGGUAUGAGACUCUCGGUCCUGAGAUGGACAACACAGACACAACUGAUUGCUAUUGGCACGGGUAAGGUUCAUUGUGACAGGACAUGAGUUCAAUUAGUAGGUGACAAUCAUUUUCGCAAAAAAAAAGAUUAGUAGGUGAUAAUAUGCGUGUCCGGUACUCAUUUGUGGCACUGACUUGGACCAGACACAAACGUCCACGAUGAUAGAAAAUUCACCUCACGCUGUCCUUUGCUACCGUACUACUAAAUUGACACUCUCUCAGUUCUCUCCACAUAAAUUUUAAAGCACAAAACUCGAUAGGGACGCCGCAUCGCAUCGCAUCUCAUUCCAGAAGAACAAAAUGAAAUAAAAUGAGCUCUCCUGGGACCCAAGCAUGCAAUAGCAAGAGAAGCUAAUUUGUAUGCAUCCGGAUUUCCCCAAGGAAAAACACGGCAGAGUAUGCAUGCAAGGAAUCGAAAAAAGACCACUGAAAAUGAGGUGCAUGCGAUCGAUUCCUUAAUAUUGCACAUACUCUCACUGAUGUUUUUGGCGCAAUAUAUACGUAUAUAUUAAGGCCUCCUUUGAUUCAUAUAAUAUAAAUUUUGUAGAAAUAGGAAAAUUAUAGAAAGUGAGAAAUAUGUACUCUUACAUGGAAAUAUAUGUCAUUUGAUGCAUAUGAUAGAAAAUAAUUUCAUCGAGUCUAAGCUAAUUUUUUUCUUUAAAAUAUGAAGGAAUGGGUCCUAUAAUAAAUAUAGAAAUUAAAUAAGAAUUCAUCCCUAUAAAUCAGAGGACUCCAAAGAAAUUAUUCUUACAAAAUUAAUCAUUUUAACACAGUACAAUGAAAUAUGCUCACAUAUAGGCACACAUGUGAACGAACGCCCACACCCUACACUGCAAGCUUCUUCAAAAUUAAUCAACGAAGUCAUCACAGGCGCCUCGUAUGGUUGACGGGAACGUAUAUUUCCACUAAACUAACAUCGCUGAAGAGACAAUGCGUGCAUCAGAGCCAAGCCUAAGAUUUGAACACUGAUGGACUGUUCCAGCACAAGAAACCUAACCAUCUGAGCUACUUUCAAUUUGCUCCUACAUAAUUCUUAUCCUUUUGAAUCCCAUACAAAAUUCUUAUCCCUUUGAAUCCUCUACAAAAUUCCUUAAAGCAAAAGGAGGCCUAAUGCAAUGCAGGUAAUCUUGUGAUUCCGCUGGAUCGGGACGCACCCAACUUCCGAACGGUCAUGGCGCUGGUCGACGGUAGAACCGAGCUGAAGCCGAGCCCUCCAGCGGCGGCCAGCGACAUGUGGCAGCUGUGGGCAAAGAACGGCGAGUGCACUCAGGGGGUUACCUUUGAGGUCACCGUCAUGGCGGCCAAGAUCGCCUAUGAGAACGCCGCAUACAUCGAGAACGUGGUCGCGAAUGUGUGGGGGUUCAAUUUCGUGGGGUACUACAGCUGCUGGAACAAGUUCCUGGAGGUGAGCGCGACCCAGGCGUUCGUGAUGACCGACCGCGGCAAGGACGCGGGCAUGGUCAUGGUGGCUUUCCGUGGCACGCAGGUGUUCAGCACGCAGGACUGGUCGACGGACGUGAACCUGUCGUGGUUGCGCCUAGGCGGCAUGGGCCACGUCCACGCCGGCUUCCUCAAGGCGCUCGGCCUCCAGGAGGAGGACGGCGAGGACGCCGCGCGCGCCUUCCCCAGGGACGCCCCCGCCGUCGUCCCCGCGGGGAAGGUCGUCGCCUACUACGAGCUCCGGAGGGUGCUUCGCGAGCUGCUUGCGGAGCACCCGAGGGCCCGCGUCGUCGUCACGGGCCACAGCCUCGGGGGCGCGCUUGCCGUCCUCUUCCCGGCCGUGCUGGCGCUGCACGGGGAGGGGGACAUCCUCGGCAGGCUCGGGGCCGUGCACACCUACGGGCAGCCGCGCGUCGGGGACGAGGCGUUCGUCGACUUCUUCCAAGCCAAGGUGGCGGCGUCCUACUGGCGCGUGGUGUACAGGUACGACGUUGUGCCGCGGGUGCCGUUCGACGCGCCGCCGGUGGCAGGAUUCAGCCACGGUGGGACGUGUGUGUACUACGACGGGUGGUACGACGGGCGGGUGCUCGGCGGGGAGGAGGUGCCGAACCCGAAUUACAUCGGCCUGCGGCACGCGCCAUCCAUGUAUCGCAACGCGCUGGGCGACCUGCUGAAAGCCAUGUUCCUAUGGGUCAAGGCCGGGGGUGAGUACCAUGAGGGCGCCGUGUCCCUGCUCUACCGCGGCGCCAUCGGCAUGCUCGUCCCCGGCGUUGCGUCACACAGCCCACGCGACUACGUCAACGCCAUCCGCCUCGGCCGCAUUGGCACCGCCGCCGGUUAAGAGUGCAUAUUUCUGUGCAACUGGCGCAUGUAUCAGCAGCAUAUUGAUUAUCCAAUUUAAGAUUGGUGCUCUGAAGGCGUUGCUUUGCUAGUUUAUCAUAUUAAGGUACAAUAGAUUAUCCAAUAUGUUUGCUCCGUUGCACUAAGCAAUAUGGUUAAUAUGGUUGAUCA